UCCCAGGAUGCAUCGCUUUUGAAUGUUGUAAGUUCUUUGAUAGUAGUGUACUCACGCACAAGAGUGUGAUUCAAAUCGCCUUAAAAAUUUGCCUUAUACCUUUUCUAGAAUCGAAUGUAGUCGUAAACAAUAUAAUUUUGUUACACGUUAUCUUGGUUAGCAUCUCAAAAUGUGCGGUUACUUCACGGCUGCAGUAUCCUCCCUCGCAGGCGUUUUUAGGAGUGCGUGACCUGCCUAAAAACGCCUGCGAGAGCGGCUACGGCUACAGUGAAAACGUAACAAAAAAACGAGUCAGAUGAAAAAUAGUCCUUUCUUUGGGGUCUUUGUUCGCGAACUAAAAAAGCACCGCGGAUUAAUAAUUACUUAUCUAAAAUGGACGAUGUUUAAAUAAAUAAGUAAACAUUUAAUUGCAAGGUCACAAUUCGUAGUUCUGUCCUUUUUAUCUUUUGUUGAUUAAACAAACCCUACCCUUCAGCUCCGCUUUAGCAGUGGAAGAGAAAACAACAUUUAUCUUAAAAGAACUUCAAUGAUGUCUUUUAGCAGAACGGCUGAGACCCUCGACAAACUAAAAUGAUGCUAUUGAAAUGCUUAUUUAGUUUGAACGACUUAGCCGAUCAAAAAUAAAUAUUUGCUAGCAAAAGACUACUAAACAUUAAGGAAUAAGGCAAAACAAAAUUAAUCGGGACACAAUAUUUUUAAAUGCAAGUUGAAAUGGAAAAUUAAUCAAAGUAAUGACGAAAAAUCUAAUGACCUUUUUAGCUUGUCCAUCGCUUAUUUCGACCUAUAUAAAUUAAUUUUACUGUCCUUGUUAGUUUAUUGUUAUAUUUAUUUAAACGUUUUUCAUAGAUAACUGAUCAAUUCAAAAGGGAAACGCGCAUUGCUUACGAGCACCUAUCCAUAAGUCAUUUUACGCAUUAUUUGUUUUCUAUAUUAUUAUCAUCUAAACACUUCUCUUUGCUUAGGACUGGAGACUAUACCACUGUACCACUUAAGAUAAAGGAAGAAAAAAUAAUUACUUCGAUAACGCAUUCAGUACAUCUAUGGCUUGGCAAGGGACCUUCAUCGCCUUCCUCUACCUGUGUCUACCUGCAAACUCUUUUCACCCUUUCACAGUUAAAGAUUACAUUUAUCCUCGUCACAUACUACGCCGAAUAGAAAAGGUUGACUGGUUAGGAUGUAUUCAAGCCUGCUUGGCGGAUACCUCUUGUAGAUCGUACAGUUUUCGUUCCUCGCGCACAGCCCUUGGGGAAACUUGCUCGCUGAGCGAAUGUGGUAUUAGUGGCAACAAUGACAGAGAGGCGAAAUUAGUGUUCGCAAGUGGAUUCGUAUUUCAGCAACUGAAAACUGUGCAGAACUCACUUGAUUGCCAAGGUGGCGGACAGUAUAUUCAUAAAGAGCAUCGACUGGCUCAAUCAGUCAUCCUUCAUGACAAAACAAAGACAUAUCUGGACGAUCUUCACAUAUUCCUGGAUCCCUUGCACUCAAAAGAACAAGGGGCUUGGAUUCGCUGUUACCAUGCCAACAGCGAUGGAAGGAAUUUUACAGUCUUCCAUGAAAACUGUGAUGGCAUUGGUCCAACCGUCACCAUUGUCCGAGUUCGAAAUUACGUGUUUGGAGGAUACAGCAGUGUAUCAUGGAAAGAUGACUGUCGUUUCUACAAAAGCCCAAAAUCAUUUCUAUUCUCUCUGUAUAACGUCGGCGGCUACUCACCAACACAACUUCUCCUCAUAGAUGAACAAGACCAGGCCGCUCUGUGGGGCUGCUCUAGAAAUGGACCAACAUUCGGCCACGGUUUCGACCUAUCACUAAGUUAUGCAGACGUCCCACAAUGCUAUGCUCGACCUAAAACUUACGCCCCUCCGGAUAACUGCAAUGUGGGCAAGAGCUGCAACUUUUUUACUGGUCAGCAGUUAUUCUCGCCCAGCGAUAUAGAGGUCUUUUAUUUUAAACCGAACACAUAACGUGUGGAUCUUAAAGCGUUGAUUCCAUUAUUAUUAUUAUUAUUUCCUACGCACAGUGAAAAUCCGCUACGAGCCUAACCUAGCUGGUGAGCAAUGUUGGACAAAUUAAAGUGCUUUUAAAGCACUUUAAGCUUUUAAGAUUCUAAAAAGAAGCUCUUUCAAAGCAUAGACUCGUUAUUUGUGCAAAUUAUACCCUCCUGCGUGAAGCUUUACGCGUCGCUCGUUUACUUUGCUCCACAGAGAGCUCUGCGCAAGGGGGUAUGCAAAUUAAGAAAUCAAAAGAAAUGUGGGGUAACAUCCAUACUCAUGUAGUCUUAAUUGAUUUGAUAAUUUUGUUGAUUGUAUUUUCUUUUCUGGACUGAUAUUAAAUUAAAAAUGUAAUAUAGCGACCACCACACCCAUUGUAUACGAUUCCUUAUAUUAAUAAAGAUCAAAAUAUGAACUUAAA